AUGAGCAUUACUACAGCAGAUACGAAUAUCAACAGCUCAUUGGAGAAAGUGGGACUCAUCCCUGAUGUGGUUCCCAGCGCUAUUUCACCAUCCACCCUACUCACAGUUGACUAUAUCAACAGCAACAAAGAUGUAGCUCUCGGGAACAACCUGACUCCCCAAGAAGCUAAUGAGGUACCUAAGGUUUUCUUUGUGGCUCCUGAUCAAUCUGCAUUCUACACUCUCGUGAUGACUGAUCCAGAUGCCCCUUCUGUUCAAGACAAAAAGUUUGGUCCUUGGCGUCAUUGGAUUGUUACCAACAUUUCAGGCUAUGAUGUGAGUAAUUCAGUCAAGAAGGCUGAAAAUCAGCAUACGCCCUAUGUUGGACCCGGCCCUGGAGAAAAUUCAGGAACGCACAGAUACGUAUUCUUACUGUAUCAACAAGCCAAUGGUGAGCAGAAAUUCAAGUCCAUGGAGCAUGAGCAAACAGAGCAACGUCGUAGAUUUGACAUUCGUGGCUUUGAGCAGGAAAAUCAAUUGAAGUUGAUUUCUGUAAACUUUUUCUGCUGUCCAACCUAA